CACACACACACACACAAAUAUCAUGAUUAUCAAGAUUAAAAACCUGUAUAGCUACCCCAUUGAUUCUUUCUUUUCUUGGUCUUUAAUGCCACAUGCCCCAGUUUAACCCCACCCAGAGCAUUUUUAUUGUCAUGCUGUUUUGCACUUACUUUCUGGGAUCUGGUAAAAAUAAAUAAUUUAUUUGUCUGUCACAAUGUUUCUACAGAACAAUGUAAAAGUCUUUGCAACCCCCGUAGACAGUUGUUUCUGUAUAGUGAAGUUUCACCCAAAUUCUGAAAACGAGUAUUUCCUUACUUGCUUCCUUGAACCUUGCUCCUCAUAUUCAGUAUUCUGAAACAUAAUUUACAUGAUUAUUAGUUAUCAACUGAAAUCCCAUUUGAGCACCUUCAGCCUAAUUUUGAUUUCUGAAACGUCUGGAACAUCCUUAGUUUCCUUUUCCCCGUUUUUCCCAGUGGAUUAGUGUCACGGGGCAGUUUUUCCCUAAAGAGAUUUGUCUGCUCAAUAACAGGUGUACAAAGCACUAUUUAAUGCUUCGUAGCAAAAACUAGUUGUCUUUUUAUUAUUAUUAUUCUAAGAAUAGAAUAAAAGUGUUCAAAUUGCUAUAAGAUGGCCGACCCAUGAAGAAUUUAGAGAAUUUUUAGAUUAAAUAUGAUCUGCUUUUUGUGUCUUAUAGUCAGAUAGAGAUGAAAGCCAUCAUGUUUCCAGGUGAGGUUAAAAAAUAAGUUGAUUUUUAAUGGUGUUUUUAUUGUCACAUUUAAGUAUUAGUGCCUUCAACCUCAUUUUGGUUUUGUUUAGAUAUCUAGAUGAAACUCAGUUUCUUUUUAUCCACCUUUCCCAGUGGAAUACUCUCAUAUUGUUGCUUUUCCCUAAAGAGAUCCAUCCCUCCUCAACAACAGCUCCCAAAAUGAAUGUGAAAUAUGAUGCUACUGUGCCAAACUGGUCAUUAUUUUAAGAAUAGAGCAACAAUGUUAGAUUUAAUAUAGAAUAGCUCGCCCAAGAAGAGUUUUGAUUUUAUUUACAGUAAAAAAAAAAGGUUUUGGUAUUUAAUUUGAUUAUAAAAUAAUCUGAUUUAUGGGUCUUUAGGAGAUUUAGACAGGAAUGAAAGCCAUCAUGUUGCCAGGUGAGAUAAAAAAAGAUUUUUUUUAAAUAUAUUCUUAUAUUUCCGAUUCAUUUAUUUAAAUGGGUUUAAGGAUAGAAACUCAACUCUUCUAUUUCCUAACUGAGUGAGGAAGUCAAGCCUCUUUUUCUUGUUUUGGACACACCUUUACACGGCUAGGAGGAGGAGCCACGCUCACCGUCAUUCACCGAAGGAGACCGGCUGAUACAGCAACUACUAAGUCAUUCGGAGAACAUUUUUAUUUUCAGAAAACAUUUUUCGUUUAUUUUCAGCUUUUAAGAGAAAAUUUUUGCUCUGUUUGGAUUUCCUGUGAGCGACUGAUGGACAGGACAUCCUGUUAGUUGUCUAUUGGCACGAUGUCCUUAUUAACGACGUCUCGUGAAUAACGAUUUAGCCAAUUAAAAAAAAAACAACAACCGACAGCCUCCUGCACUGAUGGCCUUCUUCAGACAGCUGAAACUCCUUCUCUGGAAGAAUGGACUGUCAAUCAUCAGACAGCCGACGUGGUCCAUGACUCUGAUAGCCUGGCCUUUGGUCAUCUUCAUCCUCAUUGCUGUGACCCGGUACCAUUUCCCUGCCUUUCCAACAAACACAUGCUAUGUUGCACCCCGUAACCUUCCAAGCACUGGAUUCUUCCCUUUCCUGCAGACUGUCCUGUGCAACGCAGACAGUCACUGUCAUAAUACAUCUCAACUGGUGGAUUCAACUCCGACAAAAUCAACAAGGAACCGAAGGUCUGCCUCUCCUGAUACCUCUCCAGUGUUGCAAGGGUUGGACCUUUCCAACUUUGCUCCCACUAAUGACGCCAACAAUGAUCCUGCCAUCUUGGUUCGGUUGAUGGAAAGCUUGGUUGGUUCAACCAACCAAGGGAUCCCUAACAGUGUCUCCUUUGUGAGUGCGUUGAACAUUACUCUGACUGAUCAGGAGGCUUUGGCCCAACUACUGGAGUCUGUGAAUGUUUUGAGGAAAGCCAUCUGCACGGUCACCUUGCCCUGGACAAACACAGAAGCACCCAACUCCGUCACCGACGCUCUGACCAGUUUCUGUAACUCCAACAGCUCUUUGCUUGAAGUCUCACUUCAAACCCUGAACAUGAUACUGACGGAGCUGUUGCUGGAGAAACCAGACGAGGUGAUGGGGGUGGCUGGAACGGCGGUGGUGUUUUUAAAUGAGCUCCAAAACCAAACUGCGGUGUGGGAGAACCUUUUAGCAAUUCCUGACAUCUUCUCUUCUUCUUCUGUCGAUCAAACACUGAUCAUCACUGAAGCCCUCAUCAAAAAUUUGCAAAGUCUUGCACAGUUCAUCAAGACCGAUUUCCCUCAAACAUCGGAGUCACUCUCCACAAUUAACCCACUGCUGGUCGGAGGUAUCAAAGUAGUUCAGUAUAUUCGAAACUGGCCCGGAAAAGAUGUAACCGUGACCCUGGGAGACAUUGUCACACUGCAGAAUGACACAAUUGGUGGAAUUUCAAACUUUAUUUUACAAGGCAUACAUAUACCACUGGAUAAGGCCAUUGCUCUUUUGUGGGACAGAAACAUUGCGCAUUCUUACUUGUGCGACAGCAUCAGCCAACCAAUGUGGGUAACGAUGGCGUGCAGUACCGGCACCGUGGACGUGCUUCUGAGCUGGAUCAGUCCUGAAAAAGGGGCAAAGCAGGUUCUCCUGGAAUGGAGUAAAUAUGUAGCAGCAGCAGAUGUGGCCUUUGUAAAAGAACUGGUGCUGUCAGGAGAACAGGGUGUCGCUAGCGUCACAAGAUCCCAGCGUAGCGUAGAUGUACAACCACAGAACUCAGAGGAGGAGCUGUUCUUGGGUAUCGGCGAAGUGCUGUUGGAGAUUUCGACAAUCGAUCCUGAGUUUGGAAUGAUUGUUGAGAGAGCUGUCAGUACCGUCUACCAGACUGUGGAUGUAGCAACGACGACUUUAUCUACUUUGGAAGAAAUCCUAAAUAACGUCCUGGGAGAUGGAAAAAAUAUCAGGCAGACUUUGUAUUUGCUGCUGACCAACCAGUCUGAGGCGAGCGCUUGGAUCAGCCAUGUCCUGAACAGUGUGACAGAAAUAAUAAUGAAGACUCUGGAUUCCAAGAAUAACUCAUGUGAACAACUUGUUGAGCCCAUCGAGUGGUUUCUGCCUACCCACACCUUAAAGAUAGAAGUUUGGAGAUCAAUGUUUUGCCAGGACCUCACCUCUCUAAAACAAGCAUUGCUAGAGUACUGGUUGCCCGUGGUUGAACAGUUUAAAGAACUGAAGGCAGUUGUCUCAGGUCAAGCAGAACUCAAUGCAACACUUCCUAUGAUCCUCUCUGAGUGGCACAAGCUUUACAAUGCCAGCAGUGGAUUUGAGGAGUUGAUGAACAUACUGGCAAUGGAACUGGGUGGAGCAUUCAGGAUGGACUGGAUUCCUGGCACAAGUGUUGAUCUGACUGGAACGCUUCUACAAAGUGUCCUGAUGUCGACUGAAACGUUUGGAGAACAACUUCAGGAGAGUCAGCAGUGGUCCAUGAUGAAAGAUUACUUCAACAUCGCUAACUGGAUUUUGAACUACAGGACCGGUGUUACAACACAGACACCAAACUGUUAUGUGGACAUCAACUACUUUACCCCGCACUGUGACGCUGACUUAAACUGGUCCCAGUUUGCUUCGGCUGUGACCAAUGUUCUGACAACACCAAGCCCAAAUGCCCUGUUGGAUUGUCUCAAAGGAACCAUGCAUUUGUUACAACAUGUGUAUGGGGCGGUCUACCAAAACCUGACUGCUUCAUAUUUAAAGGAGAAAAUCAAAGGAGAAGAUGCCAUCUCUGCCUAUCUUAUCAAUCAAAUGCAUAACCUGGAGACCUUUGUUCAGACAAUAACUGUGCUCCCCAACCAGAACAUCACCGACCCUGCUGUGAUGGGUCCACUCAUCAGCACUUUAUUAGAUUCCAUGGGACUGAAACCACUCCUGCCUCUGUUCAUCAGUGAGGGUCCCUUUAACAUCUCCACAUUGCUUGGUGUGGUCUCAAAGUUAGGCAGAAUCAACCAGAACAUCUUCACUUUCAAUGAGACAGACCCAACAAUGCUUGAACUGGAGCGGUUGAUUUUUGAGUUCCUCUCUUUCAAGGGCAACCUGACACUUUCUCUCUCCAACGUUAUGGCAAACAGUCUGCUAUCCUUUUCAAACUACCUCAGCCCUGAUUAUCUGGCUCAACUUAAACAGGCCAUUCAGCCUUUCACCAACCAGAACUCAGCUGGCAUUGCAGAAGCCACCCUUAGUGCCAUAGAGCUUCUGAAGACACUGAUGGAUUCUCCAAAUAGUGACCCAACUACCAUUGUUCUUGGCUACUUGCACCAGCUUCAGAUGUUUAUAUUGUCUAAUUUUAGACUUCAGGAAUUGGAACAUUUCCUGUUAGCAAAUGGACAGCUGAAUGAAACUCAAGUCACAGAUGUCCAAAAGGCUUUUGUGGAUUUUCUCAGCUUCUUCACCUCUGAGAACCUUCAGAGUCUUGCUCAGGCUGGACCAGAUGCUGCCCAGGAUGCUGUCAUUCAGAAGUUUUUAGCAAUCCUUCCACCUGCCUUACAGCAAAAUGCAUCGGUCUUUCUUCAGGAUUUAAAAGUUAUUCAAACUCAGCUGGCCAUUUGUUCUCAAGAAACAGGACAGAACUGUUUGCAAGGAAUAUUUGAGAUCCCUGAAAGAUUGUCUCAAAUAGAAGAAUUAAUGCGUGCGUUGAGCAGUGAUAUUAUUGUUAAAUUUAAUUCAUUUAAUCCUGCUGCCUGGAGUCAGAAAUAUGAGGCACUUGCAACCACCAUCUUCUCACUCACCUUGUCACCAAACAAUGCCGCCAAUGUAGAAACAUUCAAACGGGCCCUUUAUUUCCUUAGACUGGUCACAAACGGCACAGACAUUUCACGGUCCAUUGUCCAGAAUGCUCUGAUGGAAGCAAAUUUAAGCCUUUAUGAUCUGAAUAAAAUUCCUUUGCUUGCUGCCAACACGAAUGCACUUCUGGCAAAAGUGAUGGAAGUCAUUGAUGCUAAGCAGUGUUUCAAACCUCAAAACACCCUGACUGAAUUGGGUUACUGUGCUGUGGGAAUGAUCAACAAGAUCAGCUCUUUCCUGGCACAACUUCCUGCAUUUCACAAUGACACAGCUAUACUCUCUCUCCUCCCAGUAAUCAUUAAUGAAACCACCAGCGACAUCAUCCAGGUGAACUCCGUUUCCAGCCCUAACUUGGUUGUUGCACAAACCUUGCAAACCAUCUUGGCCAGCAUCAAAAUGGGCCUCCAGCAGAACAAUCUGAGCACUCCGGACAUUAUGAAUGAAAUCACAGUGGUGGAAGGUCUGGUAGGGCUGGUUACCAACUUAGAGCCAUUUUACAUUUUUAAUUCCACCUUCAGCAAUGAUCCAGUCCAAGCACAGAAGGUGUUUCUGGAGCUCCUGCAAUGGUAUUUGAAAAAGCUGGAGAACACCACCAGCAUCAGUUCAGUCUCAGAGCUCCUCCAACCCUUUUUCUACAUCACACAAAUGCAAGUGGCAUCUCAGCUGGCUCAGACAGAGUUUUCUGUGUUUGUCAGUAACAAAGUUGAGUUCCUCACGAACACCCUUCAGUACCCAGUAGAUGGUGCAGGCAUGAAGAUAAUUGGACAGACAGCAAUUGAUAUGACACAGUAUCUAUUGGACUACAUCAAUGAGAUGAUAAACAUUCAGAGUGGGAAUGAAUUUUUCAACCAGCUGGUCAAUACCAGUGCUUUGCAUUCCAUUGAGCUCCAAAUGAAUUCCUACCUCCAACUCAUAGAAAAGUGGAUGGAGCAGCCAGACAUCCCGAUGCUCCUAACAAGUUUGUUGCAACUGGGAAACUCCUCUAUGCCUUUGUCCGCGGCAGUGACAGACCUCCAGAACUUGAUGAAGACGACAAAUAUAUUUGUCACUGAUCAUCAACUGAACUACUUGAACCUGAUAACCAAUGUCACCCAGUCAAUCAGUGAAGCCAUUAUGGUGGCAGAGCAAACUGGUAGCCUACAGAGCGAAGAGAUUGCAGCUACAUUGUUAGGAGCAGUGCAGAUCCUGAGCCCAUACUGGAGUUCCCCACCGACUUAUGUCCAGCAGGAAGUUUGGGACACUGUGCGAGAUACACUCAGCCUCCUUACCCAGAACCUGAGCUUUGCUUCAUCACAUAAUCUCACCCUGGUCAUUCUGGAUAGAGUUGAGACACUUGCAAAGUUAAAUCCAACUGUUGUAGAAUAUCUUCUUCCCUUUCUCGAAAUAAUCAGGACAUACUUUGAGAGCACCAAAAACAGUGGGACUGACCAGUGGAAUCGAAUAAUUCUGGAUGAGAUGAAGGUAAUCCAGAGCUUCCUGCCACCAGACAGCAUAGCAGAACCCAUCAUCUCUGCUGUCAUAAACUUCACUGAAGUCGUCUUGCAGCUAAGCCAAAGCAACAUGAACAUUUCUGGAGGAUAUGUGGAUUCAUUGCAAGGAAUUCUGUCACAAAUCCCAGGCCUGGGCAGCUUUUUGAGCACGUCCAUCCAACUUUUAAUGGGAGGCACAGGAUCUGGCACUGGAUUUCCUAAUCUUGCUUUGGUUAUAGAGCAGCUGACGACUGGGACGGCAAACCAAGAAACAUGGGACAACCUCAAACAGAUGCUGGCUGCUCUCCUGUCAAGUGUGGAAGGACAAGAAGAAUGGAGCUACAUCGCAUCUGUGAUGUCUCAGUUGGAAAAAAUCAUUGGUAUCACAGAGAAGAAUGUGCAAGCACAGAUUGAGAUGAUGCUAAGCCUGCAGACACCCAUCCUGGCCCUGAUGAGUGACAUUGCUGCAUCAAUGAACUCCGCUCACAUCGACAUGACUGAGCUUACAGUAGGAAUACAGCACGCCGUUGAAAAUACAAUCAAAGCAGCUCAGCUAGCAAAUGGUACACUGGGCUGCACAGAGACCCUCGGUAUAUGGGAGCCUGUCAGAGUGGCUGCAAGACUGAACAGUUCCACUCUUGCUUUGUGGUGCGAAGCCAAUCUGCUUCCUGUGUUUGAGGCUAAUGCCGCAGCUCAGAUUGGCUUCACCAACCUGAACAUGAACAUCACAACCAUGGAAACAAUGAGUGCAAGCGCCACAGCCGACAGGAUUGUUGAAACAAUGCAGUCCCUUUAUGAAGUCGGCAUUAACCAGACACUUGUGAUACAGCAGUUCAUCACGGCUGUCUCCAGCCAGAUCUCAGGGCUGACAGGCCUGCCUUUGAGCCCUGAGGCGCAGCUUUACUGGUCCAUGCAGCUCCAGGACAUGCAGCUACAACACAGUUUGAUGCUUUUCCAACAGUACUCUGGAGAGUUGCUCCAAGAGGCUCCCUUCCUGCAGCCUUACAUCAAUGCUUUGGUGAAGACGGGGAUCUACGUCCUGGAAAACUACAGCUACAUUGAAAACAACGGCUCGUUCCAAAAUAUUUUCCAAGAAGCGGCUGCGAUCUUCCUAAUGUCUGCUAACCUCACCUCAGAUGGCACCUUGUCCUCCAUGUGGGGAACUGCUUUUGCUCCAAACGAGACGCUUCUCGCUGACCUGAUCAGUGAAACUAUCAAGCUCAUGAUCAACACAAAUGUCUUUGGGAGUUACCCGGACGUUCACCAGGCCUUGGAGCAGUUUAUGUCAGUCGAUGGCACAAACGUGAUGGCGCAAGGUUUUUUUGACAUGUCUGUCUGGUUGACAUCAACUCAAGCAAGUGGGCUGGACCUGUUCAGUCAAGUGCUCUCCAAAACAUAUGACAUUGUCAGGCCUGUGCUCUCCGUCCUAACUAGUAUGAGUGUUGGAGUGCCCGUGGAUCUGUUACUGUAUGAAGAACUUGCUGGGAACAUCGUUUCGAUGUCCAAGCAGUUUGCAGGCGUCAGUGAUCUUCUGCCUCUCGUGUACCAACAACAAACCGUGUUUCAGGCGAGCAGUCAACAAAACCCGAGGAGCAGGCAAAAACGUGACCUCUCGGCGGUGACGACAGUGAUCCCACAGCCCUUUGAUGAUAUUGUCAGAAUGUUCCAAAUUGACUACCCAGCCAUGUACCAAGCAGUGUUUGUCUCUCCGACCACGGCAGAAGUAAUAGACACAGCCCAUGUGGUUGCUGCCAAUGCCGAUCUGAACGCUGUGCUUAAAGGAGCUUCGAGUAACAUGCAGUGGAGCUUAAAUGCUUCACGGGAGGCGACCAUCGACGCCACCCUUGGGAUGGUCUCUUUCCUCACCCACCCUCAGCUUUUAGUGUCCCCACCAAUGGACCUCCUUUUAAAUGCUACAAACACACUCCCCGAUGGCAUCCCUUACUCCACUGGGAUUAAAAAUAUCGCCAACAAGCUUGCCAGUGAAUCUCCAGAGAACCUGACGCUCAUGUGGCAAACCGUUCAAACAGCCACUCGGCUCCUUCAGAUCAGCCCGUCAGACCCACAGUUCACAAAGCAACUAAACCAACUCAAAUUGCAGGUGUGUACGGUGGAGGACGUGAACACUGUGAAGGUCACACUGGAAACCAUGUCCAUCCAACAUGGGCAGCUUUGCAACACAGUGGUGCCCAGUAUGCAGAUCUUGGCCAGUAAUCUGCAGGCGAACACAAGCUCUCUGCCGGGACUCAUCACAGAAAUUCUCAUUGGCGAUCCCAGUAGCUACAACCUCCAGUCAAACUGGUCUUCUGCGUUUACUCAAAUCCUGGGCAUUGACACCAGCAGCCUGAAACCCCUAAACAUCUCUUCUCCAGGAGUGGUGACAUUUGGGAAAAUGUUAAGGAACCAAACAGCUUUUAUUCUGGCUGCUGAGCAACACCUGAAUGUUGAUCCUGCAGCUCUUGCCCUACUAAUGGAAGCCCCAUUCCCAACCAGCAAUGCCAAGAUGUUGUCUUUGUUGGCGAACCUGCAAAACUGCAACGGCACAUCGUCUUCCAACACAUCAAAGAUCCUCUGCUCCAUGUCUGCUGGAGAGCUUUACAAGUUGUUACUGCUGCUGGCUCAACACAUAAACACGGAGAAACUCGCCUACAGAAUUGUGUUGUCUGAUGAAAUCCAGGGCCUGGUCCAACUCCUGCUGCAGGCGACUGAGCUUGCAACAAGAGCGAUGAACACGAUUGCCCCUGCUGUCAAUCAGCUGCAACGCAUUGUGCGCUCUGUCCAAGACCUCAACAUGGCACCCAGCAGUGCCCAGAUGAGGUCCAGCUUCUCCAACCGAGCUACAUUUGUCACCCUGUCCCGUGCUUUGUGUAGCAACGGUAUUCUAGCCCUGUUUGGAAUCUCCAGCAUUCCCGACUUGUCCGUGUCGGGCUCUUCUUUUGCCAACAACAAACAGAGGGAGGAGUUGAUCGACAGGUUCAAGAUUCCAAGAGAUUCCUCGUCUUUCUGUAUGAACAUGUACCUGGACAUGGUAAACACCACAGGAGGAGCCAUCGCCUGGGCGUUCCUCAAACCGAUGCUGAUGGGACAUAUUCUCUUCACUCCAGACACGCCCAUCACCAGGGACAUCAUGAAGAAGGCCAAUGCCACCUUGCAGGAGUUUGCAAAUCUGAAGAAACAUUCGGAGAACUGGAUCGAAUCGUCAAAUUACCUCCUGCAGUCUGCCAGCGUUCUCAGCACCACUCUGCCAAUUCUGCAGAACUCCCUUAACAACCCCUUUGUGAAGAGAUUCAUUGAGAUGCAAACAGGCAUAAAUGUCGACAGUAUAAAAGCAACGCUCAACAACUUCUCUAACCUGACAGAGAUGCUGGAGCAGAACAAACAAAUUCUUAAUCAGAUCACCACCCUGUCCACGCUGAUGGUGAAACUCUCCUCCUGUAUCAAGUUUGACCGUCACCGUGGUUACAACAGCACUGAGGAAAUGGACGCUGCAGCUCAGGAGCUCGCCAUAGAGCGUGAACUUUAUGCAAGUGUCAUCUUCAAGCUCUCCAAUGAUUCAUCAAAGAGGCGCAAGGCCACAUCUUCUCCAUCCUUCUCAGGAUCAUCCCUGCCUCCCAAAGUCAGAUACACCAUCCGCAUGCACAUGGACAACGUGAUGCGUACUGACAGAGUGCGACGGCCAUACUUUGUAAAGGACACUUACAUCACAGCCGGUGGGACGAUGCGCUACAACCGGGGGUUUAUCUAUCUUCAGGAGAACAUUGACCGGGCCAUCAUUGAAACCCAGACUGGUCAGAAAAUAGAAGACAUAGCUGUGCAGCUGCAGCCCUUCCCAUACCCAUGCUUUCUGCGGGACGAGUUCCUGGAAGCCAUGUUUUUUGUCUUUCCUCUAAUGCUGAUGAUACAGUGGAUGUUGUUUGUUGCUGACUUUGUGAAAAAACUGGUGUAUGAGAGAGAGCUGAGACUACAUGAGUAUAUGAAAAUGAUGGGGGUCAACCCACUCAGCCAUUUCUUCGCUUGGUUUCUGGAAUGCACAGCCUACCUGUUGUUAACCAUCUUCAUCCUGCUGAUAGUGCUAAAGUGUGGAAACAUCUUGCCUAAAAGUGAUGGCUUCCUUGUUUUCCUGUACCUGUGCGACUACGGUCUCAGCAUCAUUGCCUUCAGUUUUCUGGUCAGCUCCUUUUUUGAUAAAACCUACAUCGCUGGCCUGAGUGGGAGUCUCCUCUACGUUCUCUGCUUCUUUCCCUUCAUCGUGGUCAUGGCCCUGGAAGGCAAUCUAAACUUCUUCCAGAAGAGCGCUCUGAGUCUGUUUUCCCCAACCUGCUUCAGCUACGCCUGCCAGUACGCUACUCGCUACGAGGCUCAAGGAGAAGGAAUUCAGUGGAGCAAUUCCUAUACCUCGCCCAUAUCUGGAGACAUGGCGUCCUUUGGUUGGCUGUGCUGGCUCCUCUUCAUUGACUCCAUCCUGUACUUCUUCAUUGGGGGUUACAUUCGUAUGGUUUUCCCAGGAAAAUAUGGAAUCCCAGCCCCAUGGUACUUCCCCUUCCAGCUCUCUUUCUGGACCAACCUAUUCAGUAACAAUGGAUCAAGGGGUUCCAAAGGGCUUCUCUUUUCCAACAUCAUGAAAAAUCAGCCUGUCCUCUCAGAAGGAAAAAGAAAAGGCAAGAGCACACUUGCUCAUCAGACUGGUGAGGAUUUCUUGGAGCUCCCGGUGGGUGUUGAGUUGCAUGGUCUCACCAAGAUGUACGGUGACAAAGCAGCCAUACAAAACCUCAACAUUUCCUUUUACGAGAGCCAUGUCACUUCGCUGCUUGGUCACAAUGGAGCCGGCAAGACCACCACCAUGUCUCUCCUGACCGGGCUUUAUGCCCCAACGUCGGGCUCCAUAGAGGUUUAUGGCAAAGACAUGCAGGCCAACAUCGACAAAGUUCGCAGAGAGCUGGGAGUCUGCAUGCAGUAUGAUGUUCUGUUUGAUCACAUGACCACCAAGGAACACCUGCUGCUAUACGGCCAGAUCAAAGCACCCAAUUGGUCGCGCAAAGAGCUGCACGAGCAAGUCCGCACGAUCCUGGAGGAGACGGGCAUGUAUGCUCACAGACACAAGCGGGUCGGCACCUUGUCGGGAGGCAUGAAGCGCAAGCUGUCAAUCUCCAUCGCCUUCAUAGGGGGCUCUCGCCUGGUGGUUCUGGAUGAACCCACCACAGGAGUAGAUCCUUGCUCCAGGCGCAGCAUCUGGGACAUUGUUAUCCAGCACAAGAAAAACCGCACCAUUAUCAUGUCUACCCACCACCUGGAUGAGGCUGAAGUACUGAGCGACCGUAUCGCCUUCCUGGAAAAAGGAGGCAUAAAAUGCAGCGGGUCACCCUUCUACUUGAAAGACAAGCUGGGUCAGGGCUACAAACUCACCCUCACCAAGAAGAUUCAAGAUGCAGGAUCAGAGUCAGUUGACAAUCUAGAACUCAAGUCCUUUAUUCAAGCUCAUCUACCAGAAGCUCGCAUGACUGAAGCUCACGGAGGUGACGCAGUCUACUCGCUGCCCCCCUUCUCCUCAGCCAACGCCUCUUCGUACCGCUCCCUGCUGUCCGCGCUGGAUGCUAACCUGAACGACCUACGGCUGGGGGGCUACGGCAUUUCGGACACUACUCUGGAGGAGGUAUUCCUUCAUCUGACCAAUGAAACCACAGAUGCUGAGGACAAGCCGCUGUCCAUCUCUGAGACGCUCUCUGAUACCGGAUCCAUCAACAGCUUCUCUUCAGACUCCAGCGAGAACUUCAAUGACAAUAUAAAGCUGACCAGUUCUUCCACAGAGAGUGGCGUGACCUUAGCCUGUCAGCAGCUGACCGCCAUGCUCAUCAAGAGGUUCCACCACAGCCGACGAGACUGGAAGGGCUUGAUCUCCCAGGUCCUCCUUCCUGUUCUCUUUGUGAUGGUUGCUAUGGGCCUGGGCUCCAUUAAGAGCGACAUGCAGCACUAUCCCGAGAUGGAGCUAAGCCCUGCCCUCUACAAAAUCUCGCCAAGUUACUCCUUCUUCAGUAAUCAAAAUGGAAAUUCCAGCGAUCUGGUGGACUCCAUGAUGUCAUUCCCCGGGAUCGAUAACGCCUGCCUCGACAAGUUUAACGACCAGGUCUGCACAAGCAACACAAACAACUGGAUCGCUCAGGGGAACAUCUCCAAACCAUUUAGCGUCUGCAAAUGCACCCAGAAAGAGCAGAUUUGCAACAAGGACAACUUCCAGCCACCUCAUAAGAAAGUCCCCUCAUCUCAGAUUGUCUAUAAUCUGAGUGGCAUCAAUGUGGAGAACUACCUGGUGGCCACAGCUAAUGACUUCAUCAGAAACAGGUAUGGCGGCUUUGCUUUUGGCAUGCCUCUUCCAGUCGACUUACAGAUAGAUGUCACAAAAGUGCCCAAAAACCGCACGCUGGCCAAGGUCUGGUUCAACCCGGAAGGCCACCACACGAUGCCAGCAUACUUAAACAGCCUCAACAACUUCAUCCUACGCUCCAAAAUACCAGCAGACAAAGAUCCACAACAAUAUGCCAUUUCAGUUUCCAGCCAUCCCUAUUUUGGCCGGAUGGAUGACGAAGAUACAGUUGUUGAGGGACUGCUCCAGAUCCUCGUGGCUAUGUGUGUGCUGACAGGAUUUUCAAUUAUGACGUCCAGCUUCGCCCUGUAUGAAGUCAACGAGCACCAAAGCGGGUCCAAGAGGCUCCAGCACAUUGCCGGCAUCAGCGAGGCAUUCUACUGGAGUGUGAACUUCUUCUAUGACAUGGUUACUUAUUUGAUUCCGGUGACUCUGACCAUCUGCGUGAUUGCUGCCUUUCAAAUUCCAGCCUUUACAGACAGACAGAAUUUAGGAGCCAUCGCCCUUCUUCUUGUGCUCUUUGGGUUUUCUACCUUUCCCUGGAUGUACCUCUUAUCAGGCGUCUUCAGAGACGGAGAAAUCGCCUUCAUCAGCUAUGUCUGCAUCAAUCUCUUCAUCAGCAUCAACACCAUCAUGUCCACGUCCAUCUUGUACUUCCUUGGGCAAAUAGCACGGCAGAACCCAGAGUUCAUCCAGGAAAUCUUCAGGAAGCUAUGCAACGCAUUCCUCAUCUUCCCUCAGUUCAGCUUUGGGAAUGGAAUGAUGAUUCUGGCCAGGACUAACAUCGAGGUCCAGAUUCUCAGUGGAUACGGAAUCGAUGCCUAUAAGAACCCAUUUUCCACUGACGGCUUAGGGUGGAUGUUCAUCUCUUCCUUCAUCCAAGGUUGUUUCUUCUUCAUGCUCCGUCUUGUGCUCAACAAGUCUCUCAUGCGCAAAGUUAGGCAUCUAAUUUUAGGCAGAAAGACGGUGCCCCAAGUUGCUCCUGAGCAAGAGGAUGAGGAUGUGUCAACAGAGCAUCUUCGUGUCGCUAGUGGAGCAGCCAGCUCAGACCUGCUGCAGAUCAACCAGCUCACUAAGGUCUAUCAGCAUCUCAAUAAGAAGGUGCAUGCUGUCAAGAGACUGUCUGUGGGCAUCCCUGCUGGAGAGUGCUUUGGCCUACUGGGAGUGAAUGGUGCAGGAAAAACCACCACCUUCAAGAUGCUGACUGGAGAUGUUAGCCCUACAGGCGGCUCAGCACGAAUCAUGGACCGAGACCGUCGGUUGGUAGACAUCAUGGAGUGCCGCUACAAAGGAAUUAACAUCGGCUACUGCCCCCAGGUGGAUGCACUGGAUGAUCUGCUCACCGGAGAAGAGCAUCUGUACUUCUACGCUCGCAUCCGUGGCAUCUCAAAGAGAGAGAUAGACGGGGUGGUGAACUACCUGCUGAAGAGGCUUGAGCUGAAUUAUCACAGGAACAUCGUCACUGACGGUUACAGCUGCGGCACCCGCAGGAAGCUCUCUGCUGCUCUGGCUCUCAUUGGACAUCCACAAAUCCUGCUCCUGGAUGAGCCAAGCUCUGGCAUGGACCCCCGCACCAAGCGUCACCUAUGGAAAAUCAUCUCUGAAGAAGUGCGAGGAAAAUGCGCUGUGGUUCUCACCUCUCACAGCAUGGAGGAGUGUGAGGCGCUCUGCAGCCGUCUUGCCAUCAUGGUGAAAGGUCAUUUCCAAUGCCUGGGCUCCCUGCAGCACAUUAAGAACAGGUUUGGCACCGGGUUCACGGUAAAAAUGUACUUGGCCGAGCCAACGUGUGACGCGGAGGCAAUCACCACCUUCAUGCAGCACAGAUUCCCCUCCACUUACCUCAAGGAUCAGCACUCUGCCAUGGUAGAGUACCACGUACCAAAUGCUCCUGGAGGGGUUGCUGACAUCUUCAACCAGCUGGAGACCAACAAGAAUGCUCUGUGCAUCAAACACUUCUCUGUGAGCCAGACCACACUGGAUGAGGUCUUCAUCAAUUUUGCAAUGGGAAAUAUUGGCACAGAUACAGAAUCAACUCACAGUGAAGAGGACGAUGAUGAUGAUGGGCUGGACUCCAUUAAAGCAGUACAAACAUAGAGCUGAAUGUUCAGUGUGACAUAAAACAGUCCACUGUUCACACAAACACAAUGCAUUCAUUAAAAAUAUUCUAAAUAAUCUUUUUAUGUUUAAAAUGAUGAAUAAUCCCCUAAAGUGUAUUAAAUCAAAUGAAGGAUAAAUGACAUAUCUACCUUUUUAUAAAUCUAAUGUUUAUGGAGCAUCAGAGGACCAAACCUUUACCGAUUAAGUAUAUUUGUAUACUACUUCUUUUUUCACCUUGGAUUUACCUGAUCUGUUUUUACCCUUUUUUUAUUUUUUCCUGUAGUUGUGAUACUGGAGCAUUCAUAUAAACAAUGUUUUCCCAUUCAGCAUCUCAGGUUCAACUAAUGCUUUGAAUGUAUGACAUAUAAAACCUCUCAGUCAACAUUAAAUCUGAAAUGUUAAGAGAUGCAUUUUUAAUCUGAAGCCUAUCAAAAUAAAAUAUCCCCAUUCAUCCUUUAAACUCAAAAUGCACUCCUUAAACCUCCCCUAAGGGCUUGCCUUGUGUUUUGGAAUGACUCUUCUAAAUAUUUAAUACACCUUCUUUCUUUUGGACCGGCUCAAUAUGAUUGUGAAUGUAUCAAACCUGUUUUUAUGAUCACAAUAAAGCAAAUUUCCAAGCGCU